CGCCGCCAUUUCAAGACCGUGAAGGUAAAUGGCCAAAUCGGGUCCCUAAGAUUCGAAACCUGUAACGGCUACUGCUGCUUAAUCUCUCCAGAGCAACUGGUACAGCUGCUGCCCUCUUACCACUACCUCCAGGAGCGAUCUGUGCCACCAGUGGCGGCGGCGGGACUCCAUUACGCCCUUCUCGCUUUCCCUUAAGAAGCUUCAGAUGGCGUCUUCCGUGGGCAACGUGGCCGACAGCACAGAACCAACGAAACGUAUGCUUUCCUUCCAAGGGUUAGCUGAGUUGGCACAUCGAGAAUAUCAGGCAGGAGAUUUUGAGGCAGCUGAGAGACACUGCAUGCAGCUCUGGAGACAAGAGCCAGACAAUACUGGUGUGCUUUUAUUACUUUCAUCUAUACACUUCCAGUGUCGAAGGCUGGACAGAUCUGCUCACUUUAGCACUCUGGCAAUUAAACAGAACCCUCUUCUAGCAGAAGCCUAUUCCAAUUUGGGGAAUGUGUACAAGGAAAGAGGGCAGUUGCAGGAAGCAAUUGAGCAUUAUCGACAUGCAUUGCGUCUCAAACCAGAUUUCAUCGAUGGUUAUAUUAACCUGGCAGCUGCAUUGGUAGCAGCUGGUGAUAUGGAAGGGGCAGUACAAGCGUACGUCUCUGCUCUUCAGUACAAUCCUGAUUUGUACUGUGUUCGCAGUGACCUGGGGAACCUGCUUAAAGCCCUGGGUCGCUUGGAAGAAGCCAAGGCAUGUUAUUUGAAAGCAAUUGAGACGCAACCGAACUUUGCAGUAGCUUGGAGUAAUCUUGGCUGUGUUUUCAAUGCACAAGGGGAGAUUUGGCUUGCCAUUCAUCACUUUGAAAAGGCUGUCACCCUUGACCCAAAUUUUCUGGAUGCUUAUAUUAAUUUAGGAAAUGUCUUAAAAGAGGCACGCAUUUUUGAUAGAGCUGUGGCAGCUUACCUUCGUGCCCUAAGCCUGAGUCCAAAUCAUGCAGUGGUGCACGGCAACCUGGCUUGUGUAUACUAUGAGCAAGGCUUGAUAGAUCUGGCAAUAGACACCUACAGGCGAGCUAUUGAACUGCAACCACAUUUUCCUGACGCUUACUGUAACCUAGCCAAUGCUCUCAAAGAGAAGGGCAGUGUUGCUGAAGCAGAAGAUUGCUAUAAUACAGCUCUCCGUCUAUGCCCCACUCAUGCAGAUUCUCUGAAUAACCUAGCGAAUAUCAAAAGAGAACAGGGAAACAUUGAAGAGGCAGUCCGCUUGUAUCGUAAAGCAUUAGAAGUGUUUCCAGAGUUUGCUGCUGCCCAUUCAAAUUUAGCAAGUGUACUGCAGCAGCAGGGAAAACUGCAGGAAGCUCUGAUGCAUUAUAAAGAGGCUAUUCGAAUUAGUCCUACCUUUGCUGAUGCCUACUCUAACAUGGGAAAUACUCUAAAGGAAAUGCAGGAUGUUCAGGGAGCCUUGCAGUGUUAUACCCGUGCCAUCCAGAUUAACCCUGCAUUUGCAGAUGCCCACAGCAAUCUGGCUUCCAUUCACAAGGAUUCAGGGAAUAUUCCAGAAGCAAUAGCUUCUUAUCGUACUGCUCUGAAACUUAAACCUGAUUUUCCUGAUGCUUAUUGUAACUUGGCUCAUUGCCUGCAGAUUGUCUGUGAUUGGACAGACUAUGAUGAGCGAAUGAAGAAGCUGGUCAGCAUUGUGGCUGACCAGUUAGAGAAGAAUAGGUUGCCUUCUGUGCAUCCUCAUCAUAGUAUGCUAUACCCCCUUUCUCAUGGCUUCAGGAAGGCUAUUGCUGAGAGGCAUGGGAACCUCUGCUUGGAUAAGAUCAAUGUCCUUCAUAAGCCACCAUAUGAGCAUCCAAAAGACUUGAAGCUCAGUGAUGGUCGACUGCGUGUAGGAUAUGUGAGUUCUGACUUUGGAAAUCAUCCCACGUCUCACCUUAUGCAGUCUAUUCCAGGCAUGCACAAUCCUGAUAAAUUUGAGGUAUUUUGUUAUGCUCUGAGCCCAGACGAUGGCACAAACUUCCGAGUGAAGGUGAUGGCAGAAGCCAAUCAUUUCAUUGAUCUUUCUCAGAUUCCGUGCAAUGGAAAGGCGGCUGACCGCAUCCACCAGGAUGGAAUACACAUCCUUGUAAAUAUGAAUGGUUACACCAAGGGUGCUCGAAAUGAACUCUUUGCUCUCAGGCCAGCUCCUAUCCAGGCUAUGUGGCUGGGGUAUCCUGGUACAAGUGGUGCACUUUUCAUGGAUUAUAUUAUCACUGAUCAAGAAACUUCACCUUCUGAAGUUGCUGAGCAGUAUUCUGAGAAACUGGCUUAUAUGCCCCACACUUUCUUUAUCGGUGAUCAUGCAAAUAUGUUCCCUCAUCUGAAGAAAAAAGCAGUCAUUGAUUUUAAGUCCAAUGGACACAUUUAUGACAAUCGGAUUGUUCUGAAUGGAAUCGACCUCAAGGCAUUUCUUGAUAGUCUACCAGAUGUGAAAAUUGUUAAGAUGAAAUGUCCUGAGGGAGGAGACAAUGCAGAAAGCAGUAUUACAGCUCUUAAUAUGCCUGUUAUUCCUAUGAAUACUAUUGCAGAAGCAGUUAUUGAGAUGAUUAACAGAGGACAGAUUCAAAUCACGAUUAAUGGAUUCAGUAUUAGUAAUGGACUGGCAACAACACAGAUCAAUAAUAAAGCUGCAACUGGAGAGGAGGUUCCUCGUACCAUUAUUGUGACUACCCGUUCUCAAUACGGGUUGCCAGAAGAUGCCAUCGUGUACUGUAACUUUAAUCAGCUAUAUAAAAUUGACCCUUCCACUUUGCAGAUGUGGGCCAAUAUUCUGAAGCGUGUUCCCAAUAGUGUGCUCUGGCUGUUGCGUUUCCCAGCAGUAGGAGAACCUAAUAUUCAACAGUAUGCGCAGAACAUGGGCCUUCCCCAGAACCGUAUCAUUUUCUCACCUGUUGCUCCUAAAGAGGAACAUGUCAGGAGAGGCCAGCUGGCUGAUGUCUGCCUGGACACUCCACUCUGUAAUGGGCAUACCACAGGGAUGGAUGUCCUCUGGGCAGGUACACCCAUGGUGACAAUGCCAGGAGAGACUCUUGCUUCUCGAGUGGCUGCUUCCCAACUCACUUGCUUAGGUUGUCUGGAGCUCAUUGCUAAAAACAGACAAGAAUAUGAAGAUAUUGCUGUGAAACUGGGAACUGAUCUAGAAUACUUGAAGAAAAUACGAGGCAAAGUCUGGAAGCAGAGAAUAUCUAGCCCUCUGUUCAACACCAAACAAUAUACAAUGGAAUUAGAACGGCUAUAUCUACAGAUGUGGGAGCAUUACGCAGCCGGCAACAAACCUGACCACAUGAUCAAGCCUGUUGAAGUCACUGAGUCUGCCUAAAUAAAAGACUGUGUGCACAGGAGAUUAACCCCUAUACCUGAGCCUCAACCUUUUGGGGGAAAGGGAACUAGAUAACGUACUUUUACUUAACUGUACAGUGUCAUGUUGCAGAUGGUUGACAUAUAAUGAUAAUAGAAUAGCACAGCCAGACUUGCUUCCUGCAUGGUAGGGAGAGACACAAGAUGGGAAACUACUGCUCCAUAAGGAAUCUCCAUAGAAUUUUGCAGCAACCAGGUGGUGCACAUGUCUGGGAGGUCUGAUCUCCUUUGGUCUUCCAUAGGAUGGUUAGUGUGGAGGGGAGAUACAACUUGUCCAGCCAUUUUGUGAUUCCGUGGAUCGAUUGAAUCUUUUCUGGAUUAUUUCUUUUUCUUUAUAAUUUGGGUAUUGGAGCUUUUAAAAUGUGUUUGGUUUCAGGUAUUUUUAUUCAUGUGAAGUGUAUAUUUCUCUUGAGAUAGGGUUUUAAGCUAAAAUGUUGCUCCUUGUUUUAGUUUCUGAACUAUACAGAACAAUGGGGACUUUGCUGGUGUAGUCUUUUUAUAGGUUUUAUAAACCACUUGAGUCUAUAUCAGUCAUUUUAGUAUCUGACCUAGUGUUUGGAGCUAUUAGUGAUUUGUUGGUUUAGAUGAUGAUUCAAAAAGUUUUGUUCUGACUCAUUUUCCGUUUCUUUCUCACCCUCCUUUCCCCACUUAAAAUUUUUUCCUGUAACAGAGCUAACAAAAGUAAUCUGAUUCAAAACACCUUAGGGUAUUUUUCUGAAACAUACCAUCUGGUGCCAAAUGAAAAUUCUUAGGAGUGAUUAUUAAUGAUGAAGGGCACAGUUGUGGUAUAUCAUUGAUAAUAACUUAGCUUUUUUUGUGUGCCUAGUUUUGACCUAUUUCAUCAGUGUUUUAUCUUUGCCCCUUCUAUGCUGCUUCCAAAAGUGAUAGCGUGUGAUAUGAUUUUUACCCUCUUUUCCAAGGUUUUUGUUUGUUUGUUUUUUAAAAAGUGAGUCAUGAUCUUCCUAUUUCUUUCAGCAGAAAUGAAAUCCCAGGUAAGUAUAUGUAUUCAAAUAUUUGAUCAGUAAGUCACAGGUAUCUCCAAUAUAGAAAUUAACUUUCAUCAAAAAAUGUUAACUUCAUAGAUUAAAAGCUCUGAAGGAUCAUCUGUGUAUAAAAGUAAUUAUUUUUCAGACCUUCUAGGAUAUUAUAACUGUUUUCUGGACUUGAUCUUCAAGUCUGUAGGAAUUCAGUCUCAAUAGUAGCUAACUGCUCUGCUACUUGAUUUGGAGUACAAAUUAUAUGUUAGUCCUCCUGGAGCUUGAGUGCUUGGUAUUACAAACCAUAGGAAUAAAAUAAUUGAAUUUCACUAAAACGUGUUGAGGGCUUGAGGCGUAAUCAAGCCAGCAUAUGAAUAUACAUCUUGUCUUGCUGUACUGCUCUUAUGCUAUCCAAUAACAGAUAGUUUUUGUCUGCUAUAGUGUUCUAGAUUGCAGUGUCUUUUUAAAGUGCUGAGGCAGUGCACCUAUUCUGUAGUUGCAGCUGAUGCCUGAAUGUAUUUUAGCUGACAAAUUAUUGAUCAAUAAGAACUUGAAAUUCUGAAAGAUUCUUACUGCUGACCAAAACCUGAGCAGAGUCUCAAAUGUAAUUCAUGACCAGAAUUACAUAUCAGUGAACUGUGCAACUUUUAACAAUAUAAAUCAAGAAACAUCAAUUUAGAGAAUUUUUAAUUUAUUUUUUACCUGACUGAAAAAUUCUUAGUUACAGGUUGCCAGCAUGGUUGCAGAUAAACUGAUGUCUGAACUUCACCGAACUGUAUAAUGUGGGAUAGAGUAAUAUACUUCCAAGGCCCUCACGGCUGUGACCUUACAGCCGUUUCACACAGCACAUCAUUCCUCCUCUAGGGAUGAACUUUUUCCUGGCACGCACAAAUUGCUGCUGUGGUUGGAGCUUUGCUUAUUGUAACAGGCUUUUGGUCCAGGUAACAUGUCUGUGGACGACUUAAUUUUGAAUAGAGAUAUACGUAUUACUAGAAAUUAAUUGUUUUUUUUUCUAUUAUACUCUGCUUUAUCAAAAACGUAAAACAAAUUGUGCUACAGAAACCCAGAUGUUGUCUUGCGAUGUUAAAACAAUAAAUGAAUGAUUUCCCCCUUAA